AUGCUCGCCCUCGCUCUUCUCGCGACGCCCUCAAACGCCGCGUCUCGCCCCCGUCCGCGGCGCGGGGGGGCACUCACCGACACGCGCAACCGCACCGACUUCAGCAUCAAGCUCGAGACCGACGCGCCGACGCUCGCCCUCGCGGCGUCUGCCUCGCGCAAACCCAACAAGGCCGCGGAGCUCCUGCUCCACCAAGACGUCCUCGGGGGUGGGGGGGCGCUGUUCGGUGCCCGUCCGGACGUCGCCACCUUCCAUCCAACCUUCUCCAUCCCGUUCAACCUCUCCAAGUUCAGCGGCGCCGCCUCGCGCGCCGCCGCCCCGACCACCCUAAAGCCCAUCGGCGCCGCGGCCGACGCCGAGCUCGCCUCCUUUGGCGAGGCUGCCGGCGCGGUCAAGAAUGGCGACGUCUCGCUCGCCGACUCCACCGUCAACUCCAUCGGUGUCACGUGCGGCGGCGGCGCCGCCCCUGUGUGGUGCGCGGAGCCGUUGCCGCUCGCCGAGCUCUGCGUCUCUGAGGAUCCGAUCGAGGCCUCGGGCUCCACGAGCAGCGAGACGAGCCUCAAGACCGCCACGGCCCACUCGAAGAGCGAGGCCGACGAGACGGGCACAAAG